ACCCAGGACAGCUCAGAUGCCCUGCGUUGUCUCUGUCCCAGGGCAGUCUGAUGAGGAGGUGGUGUCCAUCCAGGGAAUGAGGGGUGGCUCUGUGGAGCUGGCCUGUGGCUCCCCGCCUGCCCCCCUGGCGGUCUUCUGGAGCUUCACCCCCCUGGGACUGCUGAUCCCCCGGCCUGUGGCUGUCACCAAUGGAGCAGAGGUCAAGGUGGAGGCCGGGGCCUCGGCCCUGGGGACUGUGAGCCUGCGGAACAGCAGCCUGGUGCUGGGCGAGCUGCGGGAGGGUGCCCGCGGCCACUUCCUGUGCCAGGUCCUGCAGGCGGCUGGCGGCCAGCUGCACACUGCCUACUCCCACUUCAGUCUGGCUGUGCUCGUGCCCGUAUCGAAGCCUCAGGUGCGACUGAGUGAGCCAUCCCCCGUGGAGGGGGCGUCCGUGGUGGCCACGUGCGCAGUGUGGGAGGGCACGGAGCCCGUGAUCUUUGCCUGGAAGCAUCAGGCGCCCCGAGGCCCCGGGGAGGCCCUGCUGGGGGUCACGGAGCGGCUGCUCCAGCUGGACCCAGUCAAUCGGACACACCUGGGCUGGUACGUGUGCAGUGCCCGCAACGCCGUCAACCAGCUGAGCAGCGACGGGACCUUCCUGGAUGUCAUCUAUGGUCCGGACCACCCUCUGAUCACCGUGGAGCCAUCGGGCUUCACCGAGGAGGGCUUCUGGGUGGGCGAGAGGGAGGAAGUGACUCUGAGCUGCCUGGCCGCAUCCAAUCCGCCCAGUCGCUACGUGUGGCUGCGUGAGCACGCCCAGGUCCACACCGGGCCCACCUACACCAUCUUCAGCGCCAGCCACGCCCACACCGGCCUGUACACCUGCCUGGCCCACAACAGCCGCUUGGACACCCGCGCGCAGGCUGCCGUCCGGCUCACCAUCUACUACCCCCCCGAGGGGCAGCCCUCCUGCACAGCACUCCCCACCGCUGGGGCUGUGACUCUGGUCUGCGCCUGGCCUGGGGGGCUUCCAGCUGCCCAGCUGCAGUGGGAGGGGCCCCAGGAGACUGGCCCGACCGCCCUCGGCAAUGUCACCUGGAGGCAUGCAGUGGCCCAGCUGCCCAACGGCAGUGCCUUUGCCUGCACUGGCCAGCACCCCGCCCUGGCGCUGCCCGCCCUCUGCCGGAUCACGCUCUGGGAGCCCCUCCAGAGCCCUGAUUGCUGGACCACGGCCACAACGGGGGACCAGUUCAUCAUGCUGAGCUGUGAGUGGGCUGGAGGCGAGCCCCCCGCCCUGCUGAGCUGGAUGGACGCACAGCAGCAGCCCCUGGGCAGCAGUGGUUCCUCACGGGCCAUCCACCUCCUGCGGGCCCGGGAAGAUCUGGCUGGCAGAGAGUUCAUCUGCCAGGGCUCUCACCCACUCAGGGCCCCCGGGCCCCGCUGCCGGCUCCAGCUGGAAGCCCCCCAGCUGGCAGUGGCUAAGCCCUGGGUGUCAGUCCUGGAGGGGGAAGAGGCCCGGCUGGGCUGUACCCUCCAGCGGGGCACACUACCCGCCCGCCUCCUCUGGCUGGGGCCCCAGGGACAGCUGUUGGAACAGGGCACCUCUGGAUUCAUGCUGCACCUGGAGGACACCCAGCUCCACCUUAGCAUCCGAGGCGCCGACCCAGCGUGCCACGGGGGCACCUACCAGUGUGUGGCCAGCAACGCCCUGGGCAGCCACAGCCGCAGCACCCUGUUGGAGGUCCUGAGGUACCCAGCUCCCCCCAACGUCACCAUCAGCCGCCUGACCUAUGGGCGGCACCGCCGAGAGGUGCAGCUGCAGUGGGCCACCGAGGGCCCUGGGAACCUGACCGGCUUCCUGGUCCAGCGGAGGCCCCGUGCCACAGGCCCGGGCGCCGCAGCCUGGGAGACAGCAGCUGGCGACAUCGGGCCGGAGAGCAGGGCCCGGCGGCUGGGGGGCUUGGACCCAGGGGUGCUGUACGCCUUCCGCAUGCUGGCGCUGAACCACCGCACAGCUGGGCACCCCUCCGAGGUGAAGAUACCAGCGGACCCCACCCUCAGCACCUACCCAGCCGUGCUGGGUGCCGCAGGCACAGGGAUGGUGGUGGCAACUGUAGCCUCUUUGCUGGUGUUCCAGUAUGCUGCCCGGCACCCGGAGACUUGCCCCCGCCUGGGCCAGCUGCUUGUUCCCAUGGAGCAAAGUCACCGACACAGGGGCUCAGUGGAAGGCCCAGAGGCACAGGCAGGCUCUGAGACGCCCCCCGCCACGCCGGGUUUGGAUCCUGCGCAAGAACCCAUGGACGCUCCAGUCAGCGUCACCAUCACAGUGACCGCCACACCGUGAGGCCCCGAGGACGGUGCUCAGGGGCACAGGUGCGGGGUGGAGAGUCCCUCUGUCACACUUGGUCUUCAGAGCCAGGUAGCGGAGGCACGACCUCCCCUUCCCCACUUCACGUCCAGCCUUCGCCACCAGUGCGAGGCCCAGCCGCAUGGCCUCCGAGUGGCUUGGUUAGAAGAGGAGCCCUGGCCCCGCCGGGGAAAGACGGAGGCAGAAGGACAAGGAAGACACAGCUGGAGAGCAGCAGCCCAGCGGGUGUGCGAGCAGCAGUGCCGGAAGCAGUGCCUGGGGGGCAGCUGGCUGCUUCCAGAGCAAUUCCUCAAUAAACCACUCCUGGCGCCCUCACGCGUACAGGGUCACUUUGGUGGCGGCUCCCACAGGGCAAAGCUAAUCCAGGCUCAGGCGGGUCCCAGGUUUUCCCACCGGGAGGAAGCUGGGAGAUGGGGAGGCACGCGUUCCCUUCAGUCAGCUGUGUCGACAGUCGAGGCCCUCUAGUUCUUUCCUUUCCACGCCUCAGAUCGCUUCCCCAGGACACAAGCUUCCACCAUAGGACCCGUUUACGGAUGAAGGAGCAUCGCCGUGUCCAUAGGGGUCCAAGGGCCACAGCCGCGAGACCCCAGGAGUCUGCGGCCCCCAGCCAGGCCAGAGGUGCCGCAGACGCGGCUUCCUGCCUCCGGGCCUGGGGAGCUGGCCGAGAGGGGUCCCUGGCUGUUCCAAAGUCACACUCCGCCGCUGCCAGCAUGACUCACUGGCUCCGAGUGUGUGCGCACGAGCCUGCACUGUGGGUGAGACACAAACGAAUGCUUGUUCCACCGGCCGGGAGGGAAGACGCGGAGCUGGCUCCGCGGGGGAGAAACGGCACAGAGCAGCGUCCCCGCCAGGAAUGAGGAAAGUGGCGCCUGAGAGGAGGGAACAGUGACGGAGGCUGGACUUGCUGCCUGGGUUCUCGCAGAGUUAGACUUUAUUAGAAAAGGGGUUU